GGCGCGCUGCUGCUCACAAACGCCAAGCCAACUUCUUUACUCGCUCAGUCACCACUAAACAAAAACAAUGGCGGAGCUACGGAAACGUACCGACUUGGAAAUUGACGGCACUCGGUCGUAGAAGCAAUAGAGCGGGGAGAAUUAGCCCAUGGACGGGCAACAGUCCUAUCACGAAAUGGAAAAUCCGACCGAAAACCCCAGCAAGGCGGCGGAAUACCUGAAAGAGCUGAAUAAAAUAAUCGAAACACAACAGGAGUUGUUAGAGACGCAAAAGAUUCGGAUUGAGGAGCUUGAGCUGCAAGUCACCGAUCUUUGCAAAGAAAAUACUUGUUUGAAGGACCAGCACCAGAGACACCUGGCCACCUGCAGACUGCAACAGAGUAACAGCCACCCCACGCUGGGAGCGAUAAAAGAAAAUGUUAUACAGGAAAAGUCGGAGAGUGAAGGCUCCAGGAGUGUCCGACGGCACGCUUCUCUGCCCAUGGACGUCACAGGUAGCCCUGCCCACUUCAUGCCCCGACCGUGCAGAAGAAGUUACCCGAGUCGCAAAUGGAAGUCGGCAUCGUUUGGUGUGGAAGCUGAUGCCCAGGGAGGCGAGUUGGGUCCAUCUCUGGAGAGCAGCGGCGCCGGCUACGCCUGCGGUCCCGUGACGCACGGCGCGCUGGUCAGCAGCGCCAGUGCCCUCGACCGCUUCGAGCCGCCCAUCUACGCCCACAUCGUGCCCGGGCAGCGGUCGCGGCGGCCCAAGCUCCAGCACUCGCAGUCCAUCCUGCGCAAACAGGCCGAGGAGGAGGCCAUCAAACGCUCGCGCUCGCUCUCCGAGAGCUAUGAGCUCUCCACCGACCUCCAGGACAAACAGGUGGAGAUGCUAGAGCGCAAGUAUGGGGGACGUUUCAUAACGCGCCAUGCUGCACGCACCAUCCAGACAGCCUUCCGCCAGUAUCAGAUGAACAAGAACUUCGAGCGUCUGCGGAGCUCCAUGUCCGAGAACCGCAUGUCCCGCCGCAUCGUGCUGUCCAACAUGAGGAUGCAGUUCUCCUUCGAGGGGCCCGAGAAAGUGCACAGCUCCUACUUCGAGGGCAAGCAGGUGUCGCUGACCGACGACGGCAGCGGCAGCGGCAAGCUGGGCGCCCUGGUGCAGUCGGAGUGCCGCGACAUGGUGCCCGCCAACAUCAAGUCGCCGUCGUCGUGCGGCGCCCAGGCCGACUUCAGCGACGCCAUCACCGAGCUGGAGGACGCCUUCUCGCGGCAGGUCAAGUCGCUGGCCGAGUCCAUCGACGACGCGCUCAACUGCCGCAGCCUCCACGGCGACGACGCGCAGCCGGAGUCGCUGGAGCGCGGCGGCCACGCGGAGGCGGUGGCCUACCAGGGCAAGCCGCUGACGCGCAGCACCAGCUCGGACCACAAGCUGGACGAGAUGACGGCGUCCUACAGCGACGUGACGCUCUACAUCGACGAGGAGGAGCUGUCGCCGCCGCUGCCCCUCUCGCACGCCGCGCACGCCGCCGCCGCCGCCGUCGAGCGGCCGUCCAGCACCGAGUCGGACCUGCGGCUGCGCUCGUACAACUCGUCGUCGCAGGAGUACUGGUCGCUCGUGCACAAGGAGGACAAGGGCGGCGGCGGCGGCGGCGGCGGGGGCGAGACGGACACCAGCUGCCGCAGCACGCCGUCGCUCGAGUGCCAGGAGCAGCGGCUGCGCGUGGACCACCUGCCGCUGCUGACCAUCGAGCCGCCCAGCGACAGCUCGGUGGACCUGAGCGACCGCUCCGACCGGAGCUCGCUCAAGCGGCAGAACGCGUACGAGCGCGGCGGGCCCAGCCAGCAGAGCAGCCCCAAGCACGGCGGGCACCCGGGCGCCCACCACCGCGACCUGCCCCCCCGGGGCCCGUCGCGGGAUGAUGACCUCAUCCUGGGCGGGCCGCAGCCCCCCAUGCCCCGGCACCGCCCGCGGCAGCUGGAGAGCCACCUGGCCAUCAACGGCACGGCGCACCGGCAGAGCAAGUCGGAGUCGGACUUCUCGGACGGCGACAACGACAGCAUCAACAGCACGUCCAACUCCAACGACACCAUCAACUGCAGCUCGGAGUCGUCGUCGCGCGACAGCCUCCGCGAGCAGACGCUCAGCAAGCAGACCUACCACAAGGAGACGCGCAACAGCUGGGACUCGCCCGCCUUCAGCAACGACAUCAUCCGCAAGCGCCACUACCGCAUCGGCCUCAACCUCUUCAACAAGAAACCGGAGAAAGGUAUCCAGUACCUGAUAGAGAGGGGGUUUGUUCCUGACACCCCAGUGGGCGUGGCUCACUUCCUGCUGCAGAGGAAGGGGUUGAGCCGACAGAUGAUUGGCGAGUUCCUUGGCAACCGGCAGAAGCAGUUCAACAGAGAUGUGCUAGACUGUGUGGUAGAUGAGAUGGACUUCUCAGCUAUGGAGUUGGACGAAGCCUUACGGAAGUUCCAGGCCCACAUCAGAGUUCAGGGGGAGGCCCAGAAAGUGGAGAGGCUCAUAGAGGCUUACAGCCAGCGGUACUGCAUCUGCAACCCCGGUGUGGUGCGUCAGUUCCGCAACCCCGACACCAUCUUCAUCCUGGCCUUCGCCAUCAUCCUCCUCAACACGGACAUGUACAGCCCCAACGUCAAGCCGGAGAGGAAGAUGAAGCUGGAGGACUUUGUCAAGAACCUCAGAGGCGUGGACGAUGGUGAGGACAUCCCGCGUGAGAUGCUGAUCGGCAUCUACGAGCGGAUCCGUAAGCGGGAGCUGAAGACCAACGAGGACCACGUGUCCCAGGUGCAGAAGGUGGAGAAGCUCAUCGUGGGCAAGAAGCCGAUUGGCUCUCUGCACCACGGCCUUGGAUGUGUUCUGUCCCAACCUCACCGCCGCCUGGUGUGUUACUGUCGACUAUUCGAGGUGCCCGACCCCAACAAACCACAGAAGCUGGGCGUCCACCAGAGAGAGAUCUUUCUGUUCAACGAUCUGCUGGUGGUCACCAAGAUUUUCCAGAAGAAGAAGAACUCGGUGACGUACAGCUUCAGGCAGUCCUUCUCUCUGUAUGGGAUGCAGGUGCUGCUCUUUGAAAAUCAGUAUUACCCCAAUGGCAUCCGGCUCACCUCAGCCAUCCCAGGCGCCGACAUCAAAGUCCUCAUCAACUUCAACGCGCCCAACCCACAGGACCGCAAGAAGUUCACCGACGACCUCAGGGAGUCCAUCGCAGAGGUGCAGGAAAUGGAGAAAUACCGCAUCGAAUCGGAGCUGGAGAAGCAGAAGGGCGUGGUGCGCCCCAGCAUGUCGCAGAGCUCCGGCCUGAAGAAGGAGGCGGGCAACGGCAACCUGAGCCGCGCCAGCCUCGACGACAGCUACGCCAUGGGGGAGGGGCUGAAACGGAGCGCGCUCAGUAGCUCGCUGCGUGACCUCUCCGACGCAGGCAAGCGCGGCCGCAGAAGCAGUGCGGGAUCGCUAGACAGCAAUAUGGAAGGCUCCAUCAUUAGCAGUCCGCACAUCCGCCGGAGGCCCACGUCCAGCCGCGACUGCCCGUCGCGCAGCAGCGGUCACUCCUCCCUCCCCAACUCCUCCUCCCUGCUGGGCUCCCUGUUCGGCACCAAGCGGGGCAAGUCCCCGCUGCCGCCCCAGCCCUCCUCCGGCCCGGCGCCGGGCCACCCCACGCUCAUCUCGCACACGCCGCACCCGUCCAACCUGCACCACACGGCGCGCGACGGGCCCGGCAGCGGCGGGGUGGUCACGGAGACGCAGGCGCAGAUGCACGCGGCUGCAGCCGCCGCCGCCGCCCACCACGGGCAGUUCUGCCACCAGAACCCGCCGCCGUACCACCACCACCACCACUACCACCCGCCCGCCCACCUGCAGCACCCGCGGGACCCCUACCACCAGCCCCCGCCCUCCGCCUCCUCCUCCUCCGCCUCGGCCCACGGGCACCCCCCGCACCCGCCCUCGCACCCGCCCUCGCACCCGCCCCACGGGCACGCGCCGCACCCGCCCCACCCGCACCACGCCCCGCACUCCCAGCACGCACCGCACCACCACGGGCAGCCGCCGGCCUCCGCCCCGCCGCCGCCCUCCACCAAGCCCAAGCACAGCGGCAUCAGCACUGUGGUGUGAAGAGAACGGAAGCCUGCUCCACACACACAUACAUACACACACAUACAAAGAUAACUUCAGAUACACGUGCACACACACUCACACUCACACGCACACACACACACACAAACACAAACACAAACACACACACACACACAAAAGUUCCUCUGGGACAGUUCUUGGCAGAGGACAACUGGCAGCAGUUAAGAUGAGCACACACUCGAUGGUGCGCACACGUGUGGGUGUGUGUGUGAGUGGGUGUGUGAGCGAGAGAAAGAGGUUUUCCUGGCUGCCGACCAGAGGAAAAAGAAAAUAGAUGGUCCACUGGGAAGUGUUAUUUUUUUUUUCUUCUUUUCCUGCGUGGACACCAGUGACCUCUCGCCCAGACUGGAUUUCACUUCAUCAGCUGUGGUCACCUCCGCGGCGAGGCACCGGCACGGCUACCUGCGUCAGGACUUUUGCGAAGGCCGUUCUGAGCCCAGAAGGCCCUCAGCCUUCACAGCCCAGCGCCUCAGACUCAGACUGUAGUGAACCGAGCUAAGCUAACGUGACUGUUUUUUUCUCCAAACUCUCUCUCGACGCUCAUCCUCUAGAAGCUGUUUCACUAGUGAAAAUAGACAUCUCGCCUCUCCUUCGAUGGACAACGACAAACACCAAUGAUGACGACAACUUAAAAACAAACACAGCAACAGCAUGCACAAAGACCAUGGCAACUGUUUCUCUUGUAAUUUAAUUGAUGACGUAUUGGGGCUUCUUAAAAGCAUUAUCAGAUAUAUUGAGUACUAGUUUUUUUGCAGAAUCCUCAUUUAAGGGUGAUUUUUAAAACCGGACCGGCAGUGAAGGGGGACAUGACGUGAGAGAAGAUGUUGAAUGAAAAUUGGUUACAAAAUGUAGGUGUUCCAGUAUUUAAAUGUAGCUGUAGACCAGAAUUCUCUGUAAUCUCUGUGAGCAGUCAUAAACGUGCCAACUAUCCAAGCAGUAACCGAUUUAGUUUUUGAAAAAAAGAGACUUGCUUUGUGUAUAUCGUGCAUAUAGUAUUUUGUAGAAUAAUGAUAAUAAUAUUAUCAACAGUUAUUAUUAUUGUUAUAGAGCAAAAUAUUCAACAUGGCUGGAGCUGAGCUGUAGUGUUAAACCCUUAGAAAGUAAGACACGUAGAUUCCACAACAGUGGACAUGACAUUCUAGAGUACGCAGUUCAGUGACCUGGACAAUCCUUGGUUGCCUUGGAAUCACUCUCCACUCUUGGAAUGAUCUAGAAUGAAGGUCUACUGACCACAUCCCGUCCACCUGUACCACUCAUUUCAGCGUCAGUAGUACUGUAUGUCGGGAAUGAAAAGCUCACAGACAGGGACAUCGGUGGCAAAGGGCUGGUGAUCAAAGUGGGUGAUUUUGUGGGGGGAGGGGGGCAUGUGGUUGAGUCUCCACUAGUUGGGGACUUUGGUCAGUGACACAGCAGUUUCAGCUGUCUGUGCACCAUGGUUUUAUUUUUUUAACCUAUUUUUUUAGAAACGAAUAUAUAAAGAAAAAACUAAUUGAAUACUGUACAUUAAAGAGAUGAUGUAUAUGGUUGUAAGAUGGUGUGAUUUCGGAGGCUAUCUUGGAGGUAGCAUUAGCGUUUAUUUUGCUGAAAAGCGGAGAAGGGUGUAUGGUGGCCCAUAUUUUGACACUUUUUUUUUUCUUUUUCCUUUUUGGGGGAGGGGGUAUGAGACCUCAGACAACGAUGAGAAGCACGACUGUGUGCCCCCAACCCCCUCCCACACACAAACACACACACCUCCACCACCGCUCUCCACCAAAGGAAAAACAAAUCAUGACUUUCCUUUACAUUUCCGAUUUUUUAGCCUGAAGUUGACUUUCUCAGCUGGCUGAGUUUGCCCUCCAUGUUCCCUGAAUUCACUGUGUCCCAAGCGAUGUUUUUAGUGCAUCCAAGGAUAUCACCUCUGUCCAUAGAGAAGCCCUCUGAAUGCCUUUCACUUUGUUGUAGAAAGAACAGCGAUGUGGUGUACAGUACACUAGACUCAAUAGGGUGUAAAUGUGAUGGUCUUUUCUAAUAGUGUACAGACUGCAUUUCACCUUUUGAAUAUAUUUAAAAACAUCAGUAAAGUUGAUGUGGACCUUCUUUCGCAGGUUCUCUCGUUUAGGCGCAUAUAGAGGACUGAUGUUCCUGACUGCGACUCACAGUGGGACUGUAAUCUGAUCUUGAGCCUCUGGAGUGCGUCUAUGCCUAAGUCAGGUCAGAUCUAGUUAUCAGAGCUGAGUUAUCAGCUCUCUGGGUGUAGAGAGAUGGAGCGAUAUUGUUUAUGAACUUAUCAGGUGAUGUGUCGCAAAACAGCACUUGUUUCACCUUAUGAAUUUUCACUUUAUGUAUAGUGAUCCGCGACUAAAAUUAGUCCCCUGGUCGUUUUACCGGGACCAGUUUUAGUGUUUUUCCUGAGAUUUUCUUUGAUAUAUCUUAUUUCAUUUUUUCCUUCUUUUUUUUUUACAGAUUUGUUUGUGCAAUUUAUCAGUUUUAUUCUGGUUGGUGUCUGUUGUCUGUUGCUGUUCCUUACCCCAUAACAUGUUUGUCUCAGUGACCUGCAAGGAUCGCUUUUGGUUUUGCAGAACCGGCUCUUCGCAGAAAUGACGAGGAAUGUCAAAGAAAGUACUCUUGCAUGUAACAUUAUAUUGUAAUACUCUUCUCUAAAUAUUGUAUAUUCCCACAACUAUAUCAGUGUUACAGUGGACUAUUGUUGAAAUUGAGUGAUAAUAUUAAAAAGACUAGUAGACUUUCCACCGUUCUGAAGUCUUUGAUUGAGUUGUUCAUUGCCGAUGAGGACAAAACUUGGGAUACUUUUGAUCCUGCUGUAGCACUCACCGAACGAGGUUCUCUUCAUUAGUGUGUUUGUGCCAGCCAUAUUAGUUACAUAGCAAUGACUUUCAUAUCAGUGAAUUGAUGCAGACCUCAGUCAACCCUGACAAUAUAACAGUCUGCUAGAAAUGCACAAGUAUGCAGCAAUCAAAUGGAUUUGUGGUUACCAUAAUAAUUAAUUAAUUAAAUUAAAAUCUUUGCUAUACUUAACCAGAAUGAAUUGAACUCAUACAGUAGAUCAGGUAUAUCUAAAGGCAUAGUCAGUAAAUUCUGUAGAGUAUAUAGAAUCUCCAAUCACUUAUGUUUACACAAUCAAUUUGUAAUCCAUGUUGAAUGAAGAAACUGUAAUUACUAUUAUUAUCAAACAGGAAGUACUCAUGAAAGGAAUUCAAUAGAUUAUGUCUGAAAUAUGUCAUUUUGGGACAAAUAAAGUAUCCUAAAUAUUUGUUGGUUUGAUUUUCUUCAGCGUUCUAACUUUGUUCUAACAAAUACUUGUUCAGGAAAUGUUUUCAUUUAUUUUGCGUUAUAAGGCACACAUGCUGUGGUGUUUUGUACAGAGCAGUUCAAACCAUUAUUCCCAAAGCUGUGCAUGCAAUUGCUGCCUAUAUCUCUUCUGGGUUAACUGUAAGUUUGAUGAAAUGUAACUUCUGUUUUUAUUUUUGUCCUCUCCUCAACAACCUGUUUUCUGUUUGUAUUUUGUGUUUGUCUGUCAACUUUUUCUUAAGUGUCAUACGCUUGUUCCUCCAUGUUAGGCAGUAUGUUGCUUUGAGCAUGUAACUCACUCGUUUACUCAUUUGUAAAUUAAGACCAUCGAUGCACUUAUGUAUAUGUGUGAUGCUGAAGACUGUCCUCAUGUAUAUAAGCUGACAAACAUCUCAAGGAAUGGAUACCAAGGGUUCAGGAGGGGGACUGAAAGGGUGGGAAUGUGUUUCAAAAUGUGUGUACAGUAUACUGUAUAGUGUGUAAUAUAUUAGUAUUCUAUGUCAACUAUGACAACGGAUUUCUUCCUUCCCCCCUCUUGAGGACUACUAUCGGCAUAACGUCUUCAGCAACCAGUUGUACCAAAAUUGUCAUAGGAUCUGCAGUAGCUCUGAAACAACCAGACUGUUACAUAACCACGGCUUCUCCCCUCUACUGUCCUGAGAUACUCCUAUUCUCUCGCCCACAGCUCAUUUUAUAUUUACGACAACAGAGAGGAGAGGAGGACUUUCAUUUUAAUAGGCAUUCUGUUUCUAAAGUAGACGACGAGACCCUGUUGAUGUACCACUUAAAAACUGUGACCAUGUUGAGAAGACAAAAUAAAAAUGAUAUACUGUA